UAUAUAUCUUCUUCCUCCUGGUGAGAUCCAGAGUCGUGCCAAUCAUAUUAAAGGAUGCGGAAUAAAGAUGGAAAGUACAGCCUCAUGUUUGAGGUUUGGCCCUUUCAGAGUUUUCUUUCCAUGUGGUGAAUACUUAUGGUUAUGGUUACACAGAGGUAUGUCAACGCAAAGAGACAAGAAUCUGUCCAGGCUCAGCUCCAACUUCGUAUUUUAUUUCUGGUCUGGACAAUGGCUGUUUGACAAAUUCUAUAAUGCCUCGUUCAUCCUCAUCCUUCCAAUUAGCCAAGGAUUUGCCACUAGGUGAGUCUACCUCUCUCGUUUAAGAGAUUUGGAUUUUUCUUAUUAUUGCUUUGAAAGGCUGAGUUGGUGUUUAUGGUACAACCAGAUAUCGACUCUCUCUCACAUGGACAGCGUCAAGGUGAUGCAUCAAUUGGAUAAUCUGUGCAGUCUGAUGAGAGAAAGCUCAUCAGCAGAAAGGUCACGCCUAACGAGAAUGGGAAGCAGUGAUAGCAGUAGCAGAGACUGAUCAAUCAAAAGCUUCUUAUUGUACAAUGCGAAAUCUAGUAGACUGCCUCUCGUGUUAACGUUGGCUCUUUGCAGCGUAGGGGUUGUAGUGUUUAGGAGCUGCUACGUUAACAAGCGGCAAUAACAUCUAUAAGCACUUUGUUUCUAGUCUCUUUUUUUGGGUAUUUUUUUUCUCUCUGGAGGCGUUUUGUGAGCUUCCAUGGUUUAGUACUUAGACUAUGACACCAAUUCUAGAUUAAUUUCAUUCAAUAAAGCUCAGUGUCUUAGCUUAGCAUUCAUUUUGCUCUUCUUUUAGUUCUUACAUAAUCAAAGACGAGACCUGGAUGUGAGAACAAUGCUUCUUUAGAGGCAAGUCUUGUGAAAGACUUUUUGACGAGGUAAUAAUGGUCUUUGAUGGCUUUUUAAUUCAUGUUAGCGGUUAAUAGUUACAACUUACACAACACAUGGAGUCCACUUACUCUUGUCUUUACUGCGGUUCUAAUUAAGGUUGAGAUGAUUCUCCAGUCACUAGAAUAUGAACCCAUCUCACAUGCCAUUUCGCUUCACAGUCAGAAUCAUAUGGUUAGUACAUUUGGUUAAACUUUAAAAACCAGGCAAGUUUCAAACCAAAAGUGGAAAGAGCAGGCUGCUGAGAUCGACAUAAGGAGAGAAAAUGUCAAUUGACAAACAGACAGAGAUAGUAAUCCAGUUGCAUGCUUAUAUCAAUAGUAGGAAUCUUCAAACCAAACUUCACAAGAUCAUGUUUCUUUACACAUUCUGGUUAACAUGGAUCUAAAAAGGUGAGAUAUGCUUUGUUGCUAAGAAAAGUGGAUCAGAGUUUUUCAUGUUAUUAAAAUCUUUGUUUGAGGUUCCUAAUCUGACUGUGAUGUCGUCACAACAUAACUGAAAGUUUGAAACAUACUCACAUACAUAAACUCUUUGUUGCAAAAAAAUAAAUGCGGUCCCACUAAACGUGUGCAUGUCACUGUUAAUUAUGUAAUGAAUGAAUGUUCGAAGAGAGUCAAGUCAACAGCUACAGUUCCUGGAAAGAUCUUAACUAGAGGCACCAAAUGUUGCCGUGUGUUAUUUCACUGAACACAAUUUCUCUUUUUUUUUUUUCUUCUGCAAUGAUGAUGACGAAUGAGGCUUGCUUUUUCCUUUCACACAUAAUAAUAGACCGACUGAUGUGUAAUUGUGUAUGAUACAAGGUUAUAUAAAACAUAUAUAUACAUGUGCGUAUUAAUUUCGACCGACACAAAUAUUUGUCCGGAAGAUCCUCCAUUAUCUAUGGUUAGUUGGUUACACGUUGCCGGUUACCCCAAAAGUGACUACUGAAUAAUAGUAAAAUGCUUUGUGAAUUUUACACUAAACUCUUUGUUUGGGUGAAUUUUUCUACCUGUAAGAUUGCAGAUUCUGGAAUUAUAUAUUUUAUAUUAUUAAUGUAUUGACAAUGUUAUAAGUUACGUAACUUAAGUUUUAUUUACCAUUUUUGACAGUUAAAAAUAAGAUCUCGACCAAUCUUUAAUUUUGUCAUUUUAUUCAUUCAUUUAUAUAUCAUACUUACUAAACCGGUUACCUAAAUUGAAUCGGCUGUCCGAUUCAGAUUCUUAAAUCAUCAACCAUUGGACUUGCUCCCAACUCAUAAGUGUGCACUGACGAUGGAGAAUGACAUUGUGGUGUGACCAGUGACCACUUAGAGGAAUGGAAAAUAAAAAAAAAGUGGUAAUAAAACAUAACAAAAAACAAAAGAACAUAAUAUUAAAGGCAUGUAACUGAUCUUGACAAUUGGGUUCCACAUUGUGACUUUUUUCCUUUUUUUCUUUUUUAUAUUGGCAUGUAACUGAUAUGGACAAAAUGGUCCCAAAGUUCUCAACGUCCCUUUCAUGAAAUUUAACGUCAAGCAACGAGUGAACUACUGUUUUCAGGAUUUUACAUAAUUUUCAGCACCAAUCGUACAUAUAUUAUGAACUAAAUAUACAAAUAAUUACACUUUAAAUCCAAUAGUUUAUGUCAAAUUUUUAAUUAUGAAACAAUAGUACUUAGGCAAUGGUUGUAAAAUUUCACACAUUUCACUGCAGUUUAAGUUUUUUUCUUACGUUAAAAUAAUUUCAAAUAAGGCUGUUUGUUCGUAACUGAUUUUGUAAUAUUAACACAUAACAAAAAUAUAUAUUUUUAAUUUGGUAAAUACUUUUUUAAUAAUACGAGAAAAAUAAAAAAAAAAAUGGUUAAAAAUGAAAUGAGUGAAGAAACUUUAGAUUUCCAUAUAUAGUAAUGACUUUCCUAACUAAAACAAGAUUUCAGUAUAGUAAUUAAUUAUUUGUUUGCAAACCAAUUAUCAAAAAAAUAUAGUAGGUAAUUGCCAAUUAGCGAUCUUCUUUUUGCAAAAACAAGCAAGAAAUAAAAUAAAAAUAAAGCUAAGAUUUCAUGUUGACCGUUGAUUAGACGUUACAAUAAAGCAUUCUUUUUUUCCUUUAUGAUGCAUACAAAUAUAUUAAUUAAUUUGUCUUAAGUUCCUUCCCAUAUGAAUUUUCUUUUCGUUCUGAUGACUUGUUUGAUAUUAUGAUACACACAAAUACAGUUUUGAUUCAUCCAUUCAUCUGCCUUUGAAUUUUGUUUAGUUACUUCUUUUCUUCCACACAAACAGCCUUGAUAAUUUGAAGGCUUCAGGCACACCACCAAAUCUUGUAUGCUGCGCAGACGCAAUCUCAACUGGUGAGAAAAAGAAGGAGACAAGUUGCUUACUUGGCCAUUAGCUAAGACUAGCAUAUAAUUUUCUUUUUCUGGGUGUUGCAAGGAAAAUCUUUUACAGAGAGAUCUGAAGUUUUGUUUGCAUUAAGUCUAUCACCAAGUCAGAUGGCUACACCGGUGCAGCCUCCUACGGCGGAGGUGCCACCGUCUCCACCUUUGUCUCCCGGUGGUAAUGCUGUUUCUCCUACGAGAGAGCCCAUUGAUGGCAAUUCACCGGAGAUCCCAAACCCUCCACCUCUGUCUACUCCUCCUCCGGCGGCUCCUUUAUCAUCUCCACCACCAGAACCUUCUUCCUCACCACCUCCACCUACCGGAGCUCCUCCUCCUACUCCCACGUUACCUGCUGACCCUCCACCACCACCACCACCAUCACCUGACACCUCUCCCCCUCCCAUUUCACCACCAUCGUUCCCGCCACCGGAAACAUCUCCUCCUCCUACUCCCUCUUCACUUGACCCGCCAUUAAACCCACCACCACCUGAGACCUCUCCCCCUCCACCUCCUCCACUACACGAGCCUGCCGUUUCACCACCAUCAUUUCCACCUCCGGAAGUAUCUACUCCUCCACCACCAUCAUCACCUGAGAGCUCUCCUCCACCACCAUCAUUACCUGAGAGCUCUCCUCCUCCACCAUCAUCACCUGAUCGGCCUGCCAUUUCACCACCAUUAUUUCCGCCACCGAAAAGCUCUCCUCCACCACCAGCUUCAGACCCACCUACAAACCCACCUCCGUUAGUCCCACCGUUACAUUCAUCUCCACCUCCACCAUCACUUCCUCCUCCACGUCCUCCCCCCUCCCCACCAGGCUCACUACGUCCUGCUCUCUCUCCUCCUCCACGGGAUCCAGAACAUCCUCAGCAACCUCCUCCUCCAGAUUCUAAACGUCCUCCUCCACCAGAGAAAAUCCACCCACCUUCCAAGCCAAGUCCAGCUCCCUUACCUUCUAACUCUUCUUCAUCACCCUCACCACCAUUAGUUCCAUCUCCUCCUUCUCCUCAAAAAUCUGUACCAGACUCAGGCCAUCCACCUCAAGAAAACAACCUUACUCCUCCUGUCACAAACAAUUCCAGCAACUCCGGUUUUAGUACAGUAGCUGUCGUAGGUGUGAGUAUUGGUUUGGUCCUUGUGCUGCUUGGUCUUAUUGGAGUCAUUGUCUGGUGCGUGAGGAGACAGAAAAAGAAGCUUCCUGCCAUUGGCGGUGGCUAUGUGAUGCCCUCUCCUCUAGUUUCCUCCCCAAGAUCAGAUUCAACGCCUUCCAAGACAAACUCAUCUGCCCCUUUAGUGGGAAACCGUUCUAGCAACCGGACAUUCUUUUCACAACCAGAACCUGGUGGCUUUGGUCACUCGAAGGAACUGUUCUCGUACGAAGAACUCGUCAAAGCAACAAAUGAAUUCUCAGAUGAAAAUCUACUGGGUGAAGGCGGGUUUGGUUGUGUAUAUAAAGGGGCUUUACCAGAUGGAAGAGUGGUGGCUGUUAAACAGUUAAAAAUAGGUGGAGGACAAGGCGACAGAGAGUUCAAAGCUGAGGUUGAGACCAUAAGCAGAGUACACCACAGGCAUUUGCUUUCUUUGGUUGGAUACUGUAUCUCCGAGAACCGAAGAUUGCUUAUUUAUGAUUAUGUUCCUAACAACAACCUUUACUUCCACCUUCAUGCUGCAGGAACUCCGGGUCUAGACUGGGCAACGCGUGUUAAAAUCGCUGCUGGUGCGGCUCGUGGAUUAGCUUAUCUCCAUGAAGAUUGUCAUCCUCGUAUCAUACACAGGGACAUCAAAUCAUCCAACAUUCUUUUAGAUAAUAACUUUCACCCUCUGGUUUCUGACUUUGGUCUUGCAAAGCUAGCUCUAGACUGUAACACGCAUAUCACAACUCGUGUUAUGGGAACAUUUGGCUACAUGGCUCCUGAAUAUGCAUCAAGUGGUAAAUUAACCGAAAAAUCAGAUGUCUUCUCCUUUGGUGUUGUUCUACUUGAGUUAGUCACUGGACGUAAGCCUGUUGAUACAUCACAACCCUUGGGAGAUGAGAGCCUUGUUGAAUGGGCUCGUCCUUUGCUUAGUCAUGCCGUAGAAACCGAGGAGUUUGAAGCUUUAGUAGACCCCAAGCUGGGAAGAAACUACGUUGGCGCUGAAAUGUUUAGAAUGAUCGAAGCAGCUGCAGCUUGUAUUCGCCACUCAGCUGCAAAGAGACCUCGGAUGAGUCAGAUUGUGAGAGCUUUCGACAGUCUAGCUGAGGAAGACUUGACCAACGGGAUGAGACUAGGCCAAAGUGAGGUCAUCGACUCAGCUGAGCAGUCUGCAGAGAUCAGAUUGUUUAGAAGAAUGGCUUUUGGCAGCCAAAACUACAGUACAGAUUUUUUCACUCAUGAUAUUUAUAAUAGCAGAGACGAAAACGUGUAAAUAAUAUAUCAGAAACAAAACUCAUUGGAGAUUUUGAUUUUGGCCAAGAAAUGAGAUCUCUAAGCAGAACCUUUCUUGAUUACCACCGAACCACAUAAACACUGAGAGGAAAGGUUAAUAUGAGUUUAGAACCUCAAUGCAAGUCCUCUGGUUCGUCUAGUCCAAAUCUUUUUGAAGAAGAGAUGAGAACAGGAUAGUGAGUGGUUUCAUCUUCUUACAUGAGAAGUCACCUCCUCUGCAUCUAUCUUUGCGUCUGUGAUGUAACUCAUGUCCACUCUUCUGCUAAUAAUAAAUCAACAAGGUUCUCUUCUCUUUAUGUCA